AUGUCGACCUCGCAGAAGCCGUUUGAACAUGUCGCCGCGACAUUCUAUCCGACGCGGGUCUUUAACUUUCCAAAGGUUGAGCUGCAUUGCCAUCUGGAUGGGUGUUUUCGACUUUCUUCAGUGAUCAAAUUUGCUAAGAAACGAUCAAUAGAGCUGCCAACGUACGAUAUCAAUGAUUUGCGGAGUUACUGCUGUUUGGAUGCAGACGAAGACUCCUCCCUGGCGCUUUUUCUCAAGAAGAUGGAACUUUUCGUCAGGGUCUAUCAAGGCGCGAUUAGGCAGAGCCCCGUAACAGGCGUUGUGGGCAUCGAUAUUGCUGGCGAGGAGGACAUAGAGGACUCGCCAGCGUUUAGGCCGCACAUCAAAGCUUUCCAAUACGCGAAAGAACACGGGAUUCAUCGGACUGCUCACGCUGGCGAGGCCGGCAGCGCGGGGUCAGUGCUCAAGGCAAAGAGUUUACUCUCCGCGGAGAGGAUCGGCCACGGCUACCACAUCAGCCGAGAUCCAGAUGUCUACAAAAAGAUCCUCCGCGACCAGACGCACCUCGAGUGCUGUCCUAUCUCGAGCUACAGAACAGGGGCAGUUCGCAUCAAGGAACAACACCCUAUCAUCCAAUUCAACCGAGAUAAAGUAAAUUGCUCUUUGUCAACCGAUGAUCCUGGCGUGAUGCUGACGACGCUGCUCGACGACUAUCAACUUGUGGCGGACUUUGGACUCUCGGAGAAAAAUCUCAAAAUAAUGGUUUCCUAA